AUGUCGGUCCGAUUUGAGAAAGAGCAGAUCCAGACGACGCCAGUCGCGCGCGUUGGACAAAAUGAGACCAUCGGGCACAAGAUCGGUGAGCGGUUGACUGGCGGACCUCAACCAAGUGGAUAUCUUGCUGCGUACCUGAAGCAACUCCAAGCCAACCCACUGCGAACAAAGAUGCUCACCUCCGGAACGUUAUCUGCGCUACAAGAGUUACUAGCUUCAUGGCUUGCACAUGAUCGCAGCAAAAACGGCCAUUACUUCAGCUCAAGAAUCCCCAAGAUGGCGGCAUACGGCGCCCUCAUCAGCGCUCCCAUGGGUCACGUUCUCAUCGGUUUGUUGCAAAGGGUCUUCUCAGGCCGAACCAGCUUGAGGGCGAAGAUCCUUCAGAUCUUGGCCAGCAACUUGAUUAUUGCGCCGAUUCAGAACACCGUCUAUCUAGCAUCAAUGGCCGUCAUUGCUGGUGCGCGCACAUGGCACCAAGUCCGUGCGACUGUCCGUGCCGGCUUCAUGCCUGUUAUGAAAGUCAGCUGGAUCACAUCGCCGUUGGCGCUGGCUUUUGCCCAGAAGUUCCUCCCAGAGCACACCUGGGUUCCAUUCUUCAACAUCGUUGGGUUUUGCAUUGGCACUUAUAUCAACACUCACACCAAGAAGAAGAGGAUUGCCGCACUGAGGAAGAAGCACUACGGCGACGGCCGAAGCACCUCUGAGCGACCGGACGACAGAUAUUAA